GAGAGAGAGAGAGAGCACUGUUGACCUUUAGAGUGAAAAGCAGAGAAGCAAAGACCCAAUAGUAAGCCUGCUUAUCGGAGGACAGCAAAGAAGAGAGAGGAGGAAAAGAGGAGAGAACGAAGAGAGGGAGGCAGAAACUCCAAGCGUGAAGGAGAGAACUUGAAAAGGCUUAAAGUGAGGACAGGUACCAGCAGCAGGACAAUGAAGGCUGUGCUUGGAUUUUGCUCUCUGCUGGUCCUUCUCCUGACCACAGAUGUCUCUGGACAGCGGGUGAGGCUAAGGCCAAAACCACCCAUCCCAAAGAAGCCUCCUGCUCCAAAGAAACUGGCUCCCAAAACCGAACUUGAGCCCCAGGAGCCCACUGACUUUCCCCCUCCUAUUCUUGGUCCACCUUCUUCAUUUGCAGACUGCCCAAGGGAGUGCUUCUGCCCCCCCUCCUACCCAAACGCCCUGUACUGCGAGAACCGCAACCUCCGAAACAUCCCCAUCAUCCCGUCUCGCACACAUUAUCUCUAUCUACAGAACAAUUAUAUUGUCCAAGUGACUGCUGACUCUUUCAACAAUGCCACAGAACUCAAGUGGAUAAACCUGGGGAACAAUCGUAUUCGCUCGAUAGACAAACAAGUAUUUGAGAAGUUGCCUAACCUGCUGUAUCUCUACAUGGAGAGGAACCAGUUAAAGGAAGUACCCAGUGACCUGCCAGUUGGUUUGGAGCAGCUACAACUCAGCCGUAACCAAAUUUCAAAGAUUGCCCCUGGAACUUUCAGUAAGAUGAAACACCUUGUGCUCCUGGACCUGAAUCACAACAGGAUCAGUGACAGCAACCUGGGCAAGAACAUCUUCAAGGAUCUUAAGAAUCUCAUACAGCUUAACCUGGCGCACAACAUCCUCAGAAGGAUGCCCACAAAUAUACCCAAUGGCGUCUUUCAGUUGUUCUUGGACAGAAAUAACAUUGAGGACAUUCCCCGGGACUAUUUCAAGGAUUUCACGAACAUCGCCUUUGUUAGGCUCAAUUACAACCAGUUGAGUGACAAGGGCCUCCCAAAGAUGGUGUUUAAUAUCAGCACACUGCUGGAUUUGCACUUGGCACACAACAAGCUGAGCACCGUUCCAAUGUUCAACAGUCACCUGGAGCAUCUACAUCUCAAUAACAACAAUAUUGAGAGCAUAAACGGAACUGAGAUCUGUCCCUUUAAGCUGAGCGAGGAUGUGCAUGAUGCCAACGACAUGCCCAAGCUCAGGUACCUGCGGCUGGAUGGCAAUCACUUGAGUCCUCCAAUUCCCGCGGACAUUAUCAUGUGUUUCAGACAUCUCCACUCUAUUGUGAUAUAGAUGAAGUCUGGAUUAGUCUUAAACUGACGUUCUUGAACACAUGUAUGCAUAUCUAUGCACAGCACUCCUGUCCACUUGACAGUACUGAUUGAAUCAAACAGUACUAUGGGGAAACACAAGGAAAUGGCAAUAUCUUUUUGUUUGUUUGUUUUUUCUAACUUCAGGAAUGUUUUUCUGAGCUUUUAAAAAUAUUUAUUAACUAUCAAAUAGGAAAAAUUUGCUUUAAGCAUGGAUGUUUCUGCAUUAAAGAUACAAGUUUUAUAUAUGUCUUAUGAUGCAACAGUAUUAACAACAAUGGAAUAAAAGAUCCUUGAAAUCGAGGUACAUUAACUGACAUUGCAGCAUUACAUCUACAGUGUAGUUACAAAUGAAGAGUUUCAAUCCAAAAUGCUGUAUAUCAGUGGUGAACCAUGACUGUGCUAAGACUUCAGUAUAGGCCAAUAAUGUCAAAAUCUGGUCAAAACAUGAGGGAAAAAAACACACUUCUACAGUAAUGGUAACUUCUGCUACCAUGCCUAUGAGAUUUUAAUAGCUUGCUAGCACUAAGCUGAAGGCAAUUCCCAUAAACAUUUUUGGCAGUUCUAAAAACACAUUUGAAGCUUCUAAUAGACAUUCCAUGUUUUGCUUGAAGCUUGUGGCAGACAUGUUAGCACAUAUUUACCUUGCAGUAGUUUCAAAGAGCUCUGGUAUAGACCUGCUCUCGCUAUUUUACCUUUCUAACAACACACUGAUAUGGCUGCUGUUCAUAGUCAUAAUCAGAGACAUAUCUAGGACAUCCAGAAGGCCUAGAGUGAUGUUUCUUUUGAAAUUGGUUCUGCCCAUUGGAAAUCAAAACACCAAUAGUACUUCAUAAUUAUGCUGACAAUUGAUGGAUGGAUUAUAUCUUCAUUAAUCAUUAGGUCUUCCUUCUAAAGGCCCUGAAGGCCCUGAGGGUUCCCCUCAGCUUUAUGUCAAUUUGUAACAAUUUUAGAUAUUUAGGGUUUUGAAAAUUUAUGUAUAAAGCCCACUCCCAAUACCUCAUUUUUAAAAAAUAAUUUUAUCAUUUUAAAAAAUCUUUGAAAGUGUUCUAUGUCAAUGUACAGGGAGGGGUAACGCAAUAGGGUAGCUGAGGGUGCUGCACAGCACCCCAUGAUUUUCAGGACAGGUACUGUUAAAAAUUGUAGUAGUAAUAAAACAUUCUGAACUUUAUACUAAUUUGAGCAUCAUGCAAACAUGUGUAGGUUGAGGUUUAAAGAGCCUCCAGUGCAGUAUAUUGUUUUUUCAUCUUAAAGCUAAUCAUCUAUCUUACUAAUAACCUUUUAUUAACUGAUCUAUCACAUGCUCUGUGUCUGCUCCACAUAUCAACAAUCUGAUUGGUUGCCACUCCGUUCAUUUUCAGAAAGUUCGUCCAGAAGGACAGAGCAGAGAAAUGAUAUGUGUCAGCAAUUUGAUGUGUUAAUAAGGCAACAAUUACAUAUAUUGUUAUCCCUUUCUGCACUAUAUGACAUGUUCUGUUUGAAACAAAUGAGCUAAAUAUAUGAAUGAAUAAAUUAAAAAUAUUUUUGCAUGACAUCAUUGGUUAUGUCACAUAUAUUCUGCUUAAAAUUUCAGCACCACCAACUUAAAACACUUUCCUGCAUUUCUGUCAAUGUAUUUCGGAAUGAAACCCUUCAAAUAUAGAACUGUAUCUAAACAGACUGUACUGGACGAGCUGAACUGGAGGGGAAAGACUGAUAGCACUUAGAAAAGAUUAUGCUACAUUUUGAAGCCAACUUUAAAGACAAAAGAGAAUAAUGUUAUUGCCAUGGAUUUGAGAUGUCUUUAAUGUGCCUGUGUUUUUAAGGUAACAAGUAAUAUUGCCUUCACUUGGUAUGCAUCUUUUCUGUAUAAAUAAAUUGUGUUCUUCUCUAUCAUGGUCUUCUCUAUCAAGACCUACUUGCAUGUGUUUUUUGGAUUUUUCUAUGCUUGGGUGCUCUGAGCCACAGCAAGUCCAUUAACCUUAAAGUUCUUGUUUUGAAAGAAUAAACAUGUCAAACUCACAAACUCUAAUUUCUCAAACACAAGCACGUUUAUGCCAACAUUGGAAAGUAGCAAAGACAGUGCCUAUAGAAAUUGAUGACACAGGCAAAUGUGGUAAUGGCCCUAAAUAACCACAAUAUCUUAAAACAAGAUUCUAUCUUCAUGCAGAGGCAGCUGCUUACGUAAGCACCUUGCGUUCGCCAUCUGCUGGUAGGAAAACCACAGGCAACACAAUCAGAGGCUUAGCACAUGUGCCAAAGUGAACAGAGUUAUUAUCCAGAUUGUGCGUGCAUGUGUGCAUCUUAACCUCAAGAGCAUGUGACAUGACACCACAUCAUGGGCGCAGGCCUCUGGAGCUUCCUUCCUCCCACAAGGUGCCCUUGUUUAUAAAAACAACACUCUGGAAAUUACCAGUUUUCACACACGGAAUUGGAUGUUUUAUAAUAUUCUGUGACACGACCUCUUGGUGCGUCCUCUUUUCCGUCAUUUCGAAACCCACAGGUUUAUUGAAAUGCUAAACUCACCCAAACGAUCAUCUGAGGGUCAGGAAUACAAUAAGUUAUCAAGCAAAUAUUAGUGUUCAUAUGAUAUUGACUGAUAGCAGAUGCCCACAAAAUGUAUGUAUGUUUUCUAAAGAGCUUAUAUUCUGCCAGACAGGAAUAUGUAGAUCAGGAUAUGACAGGAUAUGAAUUCUUAUCCUAAACGAUGGUGGUACCAGCAACUACGGCUGGACAAUAUGAUUGAAAAAGCACAUCUUUGUUUCAGACUUUUGGCUAUAAAUGAUAUAUGGAUCAUUCCACUGCGCUGGUCCAAAAUCAGAGCUGAAACACAUUUCAGACUUUUAACUGACUUGGACUUUUGGCUAAAAUCCUUUUGCUUUGAAAGAACUUAUAUUCAAUUCAUUGAAACAAAUGAUUGAACAUUCCUUUUUGUCAAUACCAAUACAAUAAUAAUGCCUCCUAAACUUAACCAAUUUUUUUAUUAAUGACAAUUUUAGCUCAUUUUGGGCAUAACUCAAAAUGCUCACGACUUACUAAUACAGCUUUGAACAGUUGUACACACGUAAAAUCAUAAUAUUGUUCAUUAAAACACAAACAUGUUUACUUAAUUGAAGAAAAUGUGUUUCAGUAGUGAUAAUUUUUAAUGCUUCAAACUGAUUUUUAGACUUUACAGCUACUUCCAUUUACUUCAAAACAAUAAGAUACAGCUGCUGACCAUGUGGCCAUGAGGGACAGGGAUGCAGUCUCAUUUCCUGCUCUAAAAUGCAGGUGUGUGUUUAAACUAUAGACCAAAACUGAAUUUUCUGAAGAAAGUUAUACAUGAAUAAUGAUUUUAUGUAUAUUUAGCCUGUAGAUCAUACAUAAUAAUAUAAUCAAUGUAAACUUCUAUGGUCUGAAUAUGUAAUUGGUCUCUAUAUAUGUAUUAAAAUGCAAUAAAACCAAGAA